AUGAUGGUGGAGACGGACUCUAAACAGCUUGUUGCGAUGUUACAUGGUAACAUGAAGACGGAUACUGCUAUUGAUGGCAUUAUUCAUGAUAUUAAGUUACUGGCUUGUCAGGUGGGUCAGAUUUCUUUUACUUUUGUGAACCGUAGGUGCAAUGCAGCUGCUCAUUUGGUAGCAGCGCAUGUAUCUCGUGUGGGUGGGGAAUUCAAAUGGGAUCAACUUUGGCCUGAGUGGUUGUUUGACACUCUUGCUGCUGAUGUAAACAUUACAAUUCGACUUUAA